GCGCGGCCGGGAGCCAUGGCCCAGGCCGGCGAGGAGGCGCCGCCCGGGCCCGCGGUGCAGAUCCGCGUCGCCAUUCAGGAGGCCGAGGACGUGGAGGGGCCGGAGGACGAGGAGGAGGGGGCGGCGGGCGGCGCGGGGGACCCGGCCCGGUACCUGAGCCCCGGCUGGGGCAGCGCCAGCGAGGAGGAGCCGAGCCGCGGGCACGGGGGUGCCACGACAAGCGGGGGCGAGAACGAGCGUGACGAUGGCGAGCAGGAGUGGAAGCCCCCGGACCAAGAGUUAAUCAGGAAGCUGGUGGAUCAGAUCGAAUUCUAUUUUUCUGAUGAAAACCUGGAGAAGGACGCCUUCCUACUGAAGCACGUGAGGAGGAACAAGCUGGGCUACGUGAGCGUCAAGCUCCUCACGUCCUUCAAAAAGGUGAAACACCUUACCCGGGACUGGAGAACCACGGCGCAUGCCUUGAAGUACUCGGUGACCCUCGAGUUGAAUGAAGACCACCGGAAGGUGAGGCGGACCACCCCCGUCCCGCUCUUCCCCAACGAGAACCUCCCGAGCAAGAUGCUCCUGGUCUACGAUCUCCACCUGUCCCCCAAGCUGUGGGCCCUGGCCACCCCUCCGAAGAACGGAAGGGUGCAGGAGAAGGUAAUGGAACACCUGCUCAAGCUCUUCAGGACCUUUGGGGUCAUCUCGUCAGUACGGAUCCUCAAGCCCGGGAGGGAGCUGCCCCCUGAUAUCCGGAGGAUCAGCAGCCGGUACAGCCAGGUGGGGACUCAGGAAUGUGCCAUCGUGGAGUUUGAGGAGGUGGAGGCGGCCAUAAAAGCCCAUGAGUUUAUGAGCACAGAAUCUCAGGGCAGGGAGAACAUGAAAGCUGUCCUGAUUGGCAUGAAGCCACCCAAAAAGAAACCUCUCAAAGACAAGAACCAGGAUGAGGAGCCCACUGCAAGCAUCCACCUGAACAAGUCCCUCAAUAAGAGAGUUGAGGAGCUGCAGUACAUGGGUGACGAGUCUUCCGCCAACAGCUCCUCCGACCCCGAGAGCAACCCCACGUCCCCCAUGGCUGGCCGCCGGCAUGUGAUCACCAACAAGCUCAGCCCUUCUGGCCACCAGAAUCUCUUUCUGAGCCCCAACGCCUCCCCGUGCUCCAGUCCCUGGAGCAGCCCCUUGGCUCAACGCAAAGGCGUUUCCAGAAAAUCCCCACUGGCCGAGGAGGGGAGGCUGAACUGUAGCACCAGUCCCGAGAUCGUCCGCAAGUGCAUGGAUUAUUCCUCUGACAGUAGCAUCACCCCCUCCGGCAGCCCGUGGGUUCGGAGGCGCCGCCUGGCUGAGAUGGGGACACAGGAGAAGAGCCCUGGUGUGAGCCCCCUGCUGCCCCGGAAGAUGCAGAGUGCAGAUGGGUUACCUGUGGGGGUGCUGAGACUGCCCAGAGGCCCUGACAACACCAGAGGCUUCCAUGGUGGACACGAGAGAGGCAGGGCCUGUAUAUAAAUACCUUCUAUUUUUAAUACCAGCUCCUGGCAUGGCAUAGAAUGCAAUUAAGUCCCCAUCGAAAGAUUUUGUAUACAUGUAGACCUCUUAAUUUAUAUAUUUGUAACGUAUCUAAGUUGUCUGGUACGCUGUGGUUUUGAGAACAUCUAGAACAACCAGCAUGACCAUUAUUUUGAUGAUGCCCGCUGUGUCUGGAAGGUUCCGGCUCUGCAGGGCCGUGGGACAGAGGUUCCCCACGGCUGGGCAGGCCGCCGGUCUCUUCUUCAGGGCCCAGUUCCUCCCGGAGGUCCCUGAGCUGUCCUUGGCGGGGCCCCCAGGGGCUUCCUGAGAGCCCCCGGAGUUGUGUCGUGUAAUGGCAACUUGGUAAGCCGGUAGCGUGGUGGCCUCUGGGACCCAGUGUAUAUUCCCUGCCCAGUGAAUAAAUAAUAAAACACCCUCCUGGGAGUGCUGGCUCUGA